AUUUGGUGGGUCUAUCCACCGCUGAAACCCCUUUAACCUCUCUUGAAGCAUCUUGUCAACGCGACUCGCGGUUAAUCACCAACGCCAUCCCCUGCGCAAGAACUAUCGAUGGAGACCCGAUCAAGAAAGCGCGUCACUGAAUCCGAGGAUUCAGCUACCACAUCCAAGAAGGCAGCUCAUACCUCAGCCAAGGACUCAGUAGAGCAGACCAAAGUGAGCUACGUAAAGGAAGAGCUAGUCAAACCAAAACGACGCAAUAAUGGGCACACGGCCGUCAGCGUAGAGGAGCACAAGAAUACAGAUGGUACCAGAACCAGUGUCUGGUUGAUGAAAUCUGAGCCUGACACGUUCAGUAUCGACGAUUUGAUCAACUCAAAGGAUUCGACCUCACAUUGGGAUGGCGUUAGAAACCAUGAGGCAAAGAACUUUAUGAAGAACAGUAUGAAAGUCGGCGAUCGGGUGCUAUUCUAUCACUCCAAUACGAAAGAGCCAGGAGUCGUCGCGAUGGCUAAAAUUGUAAAGGAGGCGUACCCAGACCACACGGCCUUUGAUCCAAAAAGCGAAUACUACGACUCUAAAUCUGCAAAGGAGGACCCUCGUUGGUUCAUGGUCGAUGUCGAGUUCGAUCGCAAGCUGAAGAGGAUACUGACGCUGAAAGAGCUCCAGGAAUACAAGGAUACCGAAUUGAAGGAGAUGAAACUGCUGAAUAAAGGCCGGCUCUCGGUGCAGCCUGUUUCUGACGUCGAAAUGAAGUUCAUCAUGCAGCUGGAGCAGAAAGAGGCGCCCGAGCGGUGAUUGUGGGUUGCAGACAAGCUUAUGAAACCCCGUAUCCUUUUGCAAAAUAAAAA